GCAGCAGAAUACAAGGAAAAAAUAAAUAAAUAAAUAAGGAAAAGUGCCCUGUCUGACGCCGCCACACAUAAGAAAGAGGACAUAAUAGGGACAUACCUGUUUGAAAAUAAAUAUAGUAUGAAAACAAAGAGAACAAUGCAUAAAUAAUGAUACGGAAGGAAGAGGAGAAAAGGAAGAAAACAGAAGACCAGACGGUGAGAAGAGACGCUCCAGGGAGUGCCGUUUCAAAGGCAACACUCAAGAAACAACUCGACAGCAGUAGUAGCAGCGACGGCGGGGCGGUGACGUGAAGCAAGGGAUAUUCCAGAAGCUGCAUCUGAAGAUUGCUGAGGUCCCAGUGGUCAGCAAGAUGGUGGUAGUAGCAUUUGUUCAUCCUGACCUGGGCAUUGGUGGGGCUGAGCGCCUGGUGGUGGAUGCUGCCCUGGCACUGCGCAGGAAGGGCCAUCAAGUGCACCUGUUUACUGCACAUCAUGAUCCAACACACUGCUUCCCAGAGACCACUGAUGGCCAGCUAGAAGUAACCUGUGUUGGGGACUGGCUGCCACGCUCCACCUGUGGCAGCCUCAUGGCACUGUGGGCAUAUGUACGUAUGGUGUAUGUGGCGCUCUACCUGGUGUUGGCUAGUGGUCUGGCCUUUGAUGUGGUGUUUGUGGACCAGGUAUCUGCCUGCAUCCCCUUCCUCAGGCUUCGGCGGCAGGCAAAGAUACUCUUUUACUGUCAUUUCCCAGAUCAGCUGUUGACCCAGCGUCGCACUGUGCUGAAGAAGUUAUACAGAUAUAUCCUUGACACUCUUGAGGAGUGCACCACCAGGCAAGCUGACUGUGUGUUGGUCAACAGCCAUUUCACUGCCUCAGUAUACCGUGACACCUUUCCUUCCAUUGGAUCUGCACCCUCAGUUCUCUACCCCUCACUAGACUUUGAUAAAUUUGAUAAGUAUUCCUCUCUUACCUUACAUGAUGUUGGUCUAGAUAUUGACAGUACCUGUAUGUUUUUGUCUUUAAAUCGCUUUGAGCGCAAGAAGAAUCUAAAUCUUGCUCUGGAAUCUUUCAGUCUAUUAGUAGAAAAAGUUGGGAAGCAGCAUGAUUCUGCUUUACACCUGGUAUUGGCAGGUGGCUAUGACCACCACCUUCAAGAAAAUGUUGAGCAUUACUGUGAGCUGGUCAACACUGCCAGGAGUCUAGGCAUUGUGGACAUGGUUACCUUUCUUAAGUCUCCUGAGGACAGGGUGAAGGUAGCUCUACUAAGAGCAGCUAAGUGUCUCCUCUAUACUCCUGACAAGGAGCACUUUGGCAUUGUGCCAGUGGAGGCCAUGUAUUUGGGUACACCAGUCAUUGCUGUUAACAGUGGAGGGCCACGGGAGACAGUGGUGAGUGGAGAGACAGGCAUCCUCACCCACCAGACUCCAGAAGCUUUUGCAGAAGCAAUGGAGACCUUUGUUACUGGCAAGAGUGACAGGGAAGCUAUGGGCACUGCUGCACAUAAUCGUGUGAUCAGUAAUUUUUCUUUCAUUAAAUUUUCUGAGCAUUUGAACUAUAUAAUACAGGGGCUAAUGGAUGAAAGGAAACAAAAAUAGUAGAUAUUAUUUGUAAAGUUCAUUCCAGAUACCAUUUCAGUGAUUGACUUGGUAUAAACUUUAUUUUUUUAAUUGUAAAAUUAUAAUGAAAUGUCAUAAUAUUCAUGAAGACAUGAGCGAUAGAGGUGAGUCAUUGGUACAUAUCAGUCGUUCUGUUUUUUGCCAGUAUAAAGUAAGGUUUUCACAUGUGACUACUACAUACAUAAGUAAUAUAUCAUAAAACAGCAAA